CGUCAUCUGUCAGCGCCGCGAAACCUGUCUGAAGUGUAUGGUGGCGUCCUGAGCCUGGUGGAACCUGACCACCUUCAUGGCCCUGCGGGCACUAACCCGCGCUCUGGGCUCCCUGAGCCUGACGCCCCCGUCCGCUGUCCCCAGCCAGAGCCUGCUCCCAGGUUCCCAGGUGACAAGUAAUGCCCUGCUCCAGCUGCCCUUUGCCUCAAUGUUGCUCCCCUGCCGCCCAAUCCUUACAUCGGUGGCUCUUAGUGCCAACUCUGUGUCCUGGAAAAGUCGUACCAAGUACACAGUUACACCAGUGAAGAUGAGGAAAUCUGGGGGCCGAGACCACACAGGCCGAAUCCGAGUUCAUGGUAUUGGUGGAGGCCACAAGCAACGUUAUCGUAUGAUUGACUUUCUGCGGUUCCGGCCUGAGCAGGAAACCAAGCCAGGACCCUUUGAGGAGAAGGUCAUCGUUGUCCGUUAUGAUCCCUGUAGGUCAGCAGACAUAGCUCUGGUUGCUGGGGGCAGACGGAAACGUUGGAUCAUUGCCACAGAAAACAUGCAGGCUGGAGAUGUAAUCCUGAACUCUGAUCAGAUAGGUCGAAUGGCAGUUGCUGCCCGGGAAGGAGAUGCACAUCCUCUGGGGGCCUUGCCUGUGGGCACACUUAUCAACAACGUGGAGAGUGAGCCAGGCCGGGGGGCCCAGUAUAUUCGAGCUGUUCUCUGUUCCUUACGUGUCCCAGGUGCCAGGAUGGUGGGGGAACUCCGCUACAGGGAAUUCAGAGUGCCCCUGGGCCCCGGCCUGCAUGCCUAUCCAGAGGAACUAAUCCGCCAGCGUGUGGGCCAUGAUGGGCAUCCCGAGUACCAGAUCCGCUGGCUCAUCCUCAGGCGUGGGGACGAUGGGGAAGGAGGUGCGAGCCAAGUGGACUGCAAAGCUGAGCACAUCCUGCUAUGGAUGUCCAACGAUGAGAUCUAUGCCAACUGCCACAAGAUGCUGGGCGAGGAUGGCCAGGUCAUCGCGCCCUCCCAAGAGACUGCAGGGGAGGCCGGGGCCCUGGACAAAUCGGUGCUGGUAGAGAUGGAAACAGAUGUGAAAUGUCUGAUUCAGAGGGCCCUUCGGCAGCUGGAGGACUGUGCGGGCACCACCCCUCCUGCUCCUCUGCUUCACACUGUCCAUGUGCUCAGCGCCUAUGCCAGCAUCGAGCCCCUCACUGGGGUCUUCAAAGACCCAAGGGUCCUGGACUUGCUCAUGCACAUGUUGAGUAGCCCUGACUAUCAGAUCCGCUGGAGCGCGGGCCGCAUGAUACAAGCCCUGGCCUCCCAUGAUGCUGGGACCCGGACCCAGAUCCUGCUGUCUCUGAGCCAGCAAGAGGCCAUUGAGAAACAACUGGAUUUUGACAGCCGCUGUGCUCUGCUGGCUCUGUUCGCACAGGCCACACUCUCUGAACACCCCAUGUCUUUCGAGGGCAUUCAGCUGCCGCAGGUCCCUGGAAGGCUGCUCUUCUCCCUGGUGAAGCACUACUUAUAUGUCACCUCCCUGUUGGAUCAGCUAAAUGACAGUGCUGUGGAAGCCGGAGCCCAGAACAACGCUGCUCCUGAGGAGCUGAGUGGGGAGAGGGGUCGUCUGGAGCUGGAGUUCUGCAUGGCCAUGGGCACGCUGAUCUCAGAGCUGGUGCAGGCCAUGCGCUGGGAUUGGACUUCGAGCAAGGAGGGGCCCUCCACACGGUCCUCCUGUUCCAUCUUCCAGCCCCAGUUAGCAGAAGCAAGUCCAGGGCUUCCCCCUGCCCAAUCUCGGCCCUUACUCAGGAGGUCAAGGCGCUUUCGCCCUCGCUCUGAGUUUGCAAGUGGCAAUACCUAUGCUUUGUAUGUGCGAGACACCCUGCAGCCGGGGAUGCGCGUGCGGAUGCUGGAUGAUUACGAGGAGAUCAGCGCCGGCGAUGAGGGCGAGUUCCGGCAGAGCAACAGUGGGGUGCCCCCCGUGCAGGUGUUGUGGGAGUCGACAGGCCGCACCUAUUGGGUGCACUGGCACAUGCUGGAGAUCCUGGGCUUUGAGGAAGACAUUGAGGAUGUGAUCGAGGCUGAGGAGUACCAGGGGGCGGUGAUCAGUGGAGCGCUGGGUAUAGCCAUGCCCUCCUGGCGGUGGAAGCCCAUGGCAGAGCUCUACGCCGCGCCCUACGUGCUGCCCGAGGAUGAGGACACUGAGGAGAGUGAACACCUGACCCAGGCCGAGUGGUGGGAGCUCCUCUUCUUCAUCAAGAAGCUGGAUGGACCUGACCAUCAGGAAGUCCUGCAGAUCCUCCAGGAGAAUCUGGACGGAGAGAUUCUGGAUGAUGAGAUCCUGGCUGAACUGGCUGUGCCCAUGGAGCUGGCACAGGACCUGCUGCUGGCGCUGCCUCAGCGACUCGAUGACAGCGCACUUAGGGACCUGCUCAACUGCCGUGUCUACAGGAAAUACGGGCCCGAGGCCCUGGCGGGGCAGCUGGUCUACCCAUCCCUGCUAGAAGCCCAGAACCAACCCCAGGAAUCAGCAGAUGCAGCCAAAGUGAAAGCAAAAGACCCCGCGGCUCAGUGCCCUAGCACUCCCCUGCAGCAGCUGGUGGAGGGUUAUGGUCCGACUGGGAAGAUCUUUCAGGAUCUGGAACGAGCUUUCAGCUCAGACGGGGCCCAGGAGAGUGAGGUCAAGCCGAUCCUGCAGCAGCUCCUGCGGCAGCCCCAGCCCUUCCUGGUGAUGAUGCAGAGCCUCGACACCCCAGCGGCCAACAGGGCCCUGCACCUGGCUGUUCUCAGAAUCCUGAAGCAGCUGGCAGAUAUCCCUGAAGCCCUGCUGCUCCCCUGGCAUGAGGCCAUGGACGCCUGCAUGACCUGCCUGCGGUCCCCAGACACUGACCGAGAGGUGCUCCAGGAACUGAUCUUCUUCCUGCACCGCUUGACCUCAGUGAGCAGGGACUAUGCCGUGGUGCUGAACCAGCUGGGAGCCCGAGAUGCCAUCUCCAAGGCCCUGGAAAAACAUCUGGGCAAGCUGGAGCUGGCUCAGGAGCUGAGGGACAUGGUGUUCAAGUGUGAGAAGCAUGCCCACCUCUAUCGGAAACUCACCACCAACAUCCUGGGAGGCUGCAUCCAGAUGGUGCUGGGCCAGAUCGAAGACCACAGACGAACCCACCGACCCAUCAACAUCCCCUUCUUUGACGUGUUCCUCAGGCACCUGUGCCAGGGCUCCAGCGUGGAGGUGAAGGAGGACAAGUGCUGGGAGAAGGUGGAGGUGUCCUCCAACCCCCACCGGGCCAGCAAGCUGACGGACCGCAACCCCAAAACCUACUGGGAGUCCAACGGCAGUACCGGCUCCCACCACAUCACCCUGCACAUGCGCCAGGGUGUCCUGGUCAGGCAGCUGAAUCUGCUGGUGGCCGGCGAAGACUCGAGCUACAUGCCGGCCAGGGUGGUGGUGCUGGGGGGCGACAGCACCAACUCCGUUAACACAGAACUCAACUCGGUCAAUGUGAUGCCCUCCGCCAGCCGGGUGAUCCUCUUGGAGAAUCUGAACCGUUUCUGGCCCAUCAUCCAGAUCCGCAUAAAGCGCUGCCAGCAGGGCGGCAUUGACACUCGCAUCCGGGGGUUGGAGGUCCUGGGCCCCAAGCCGACGUUCUGGCCAGUGUUCCGGGAGCAGCUGUGCCGUCACACACGCCUCUUCUACAUGGUUCGGGCGCAGGCCUGGAGCCAGGACAUAUCUGAGGACCGCAGGAGCCUCCUGCACCUGAGUUCUAGACUCAAUGGGGCUCUGCGGCAUGAGCAGAAUUUUGCUGACCGCUUCCUCCCCGACAAUGAAGCUGCCCAAGCGCUGGGCAAGACCUGCUGGGAGGCCCUGGUCAGCCCCCUGGUGCAGAACAUCACCUCCCCGGAUGAGGAUGGCGUCAGCCCCCUGGGCUGGCUGCUGGACCAGUACCUGGAGUGUCGGGAGGCUGCCCACAACCCCCAGAGCCGCGCGGCAGCCUUCUCCUCGAGAGUGCGCCGUCUCACGCAUCUGCUGGUGCAUGUGGAGCCCUGUGAGGCUCCCCCUCUGGUGGUGGCCACGCCUCGCCCCAAAGGCAGAAACAGAAGCCAUGACUGGAGCUCCCUGGCUACUCGGGGACUGCCCAGCAGCAUCAUGAGAAACCUGACACGCUGCUGGCGGGCUGUGGUGGAGGAGCAGGUGAACCAUUUUCUGACCUCACGCUGGCGGGAUGACGACUUUGUGCCACGCUACUGUGAGCACUUUAAUCACCUGCACAAGUCGAGCUCCGAGCUGUUUGGCCCACGGGCAGCCUUCUUGCUGGCGCUGCAGAACGGCUGUGCCGGCGCCCUGCUGAAGCUCCCCUUCCUCAAAGCUGCCCACGUGAGUGAGCAGUUUGCCCGGCACAUUGACCAGCGGAUUCAGGGCAGCCGGAUCGGUGGCGCCCGGGGGAUGGAGAUGCUGGCGCAGCUGCAGCGAUGCCUGGAAACCGUCCUCAUUUUCUCUGGCCUGGAGAUAGCCACCACCUUUGAGCAUUACUACCAACACUACAUGGCGGACCGUCUCCUGGGCGUGGGCACGAGCUGGCUGGAGGGGGCCGUGCUGGAGCAGAUCGGCCUCUGCUUCCCCAACCGCCUCCCCCAGCAGAUGCUGCGGAGCCUGAGCACCUCCGAGGAGCUGCAGCGCCAGUUCCAUGUCUACCAGCUCCAGCGGCUCGACCAGGAGCUCCUGAAGCUGGAGGACACGGAGAAGAAAAUUCAGGUGGGCCGUGAGGCCAGUGGCAAAGAGCACGAGAGGAGGGCAGAAGAGGAAGCAGAGGAAGCCGGGGCCGCAGCGGCCGCGGCCGCUGACCUGGAAGAGGAGGAGGAGAACGAGGACCUGUUCUAUGAAGGGGCCAUGCCCGAAGUGUCGGUGCUGGUCUUGUCACCACGCUGCUGGCCUGUUGCCAACAUCUGCCACACGCUGAACCCCAGAACUUGCCUGCCCACCUACCUGAGGGGAACUUUGAACCGAUACUCCAACUUCUACAACAAGAAUCACAGCUACCCUGCCCUAGAGCGGGGGCCACAGAGACGGCUGCAGUGGACGUGGCUGGGCCGGGCUGAGCUGCAGUUUGGAGACCAGACCCUGCACGUUUCCACCGUGCAGAUGUGGCUGCUGCUGUAUCUCAACGACCUGCAGGAGGUCUCUGUGGAGAGUCUGCUGGCGCUCUCGGGGCUCUCUCCAGACACGCUAAACCAGGCAAUUGGGCCUCUGACGGCGUCAAGAGGCCCCCUGGACCUUCACGAGCCGAAGGACGUCCCAGGAGGGGUGCUCAAGGUUCGCGAUGGCAGCGAGGAACCCAGGCCAAGGAGGGGCAAUGUGUGGCUCAUCCCGCCUCAGACAUACCUGAAAGCGGAGGAUGAAGAGGGUCGGAACCUGGAGAAGAGACGGAACCUGCUAAACUGCCUCAUCGUCCGAAUCCUCAAGGCCCAUGGGGACGAGGGGCUACAUAUUGACCAGCUAGUCUGCCUGGUGCUAGAGGCUUGGCAGAAAGGCCCAUGUCCUCCCAGGGGCUUGGUCAGUAGCCUUGGGAGUGGGUCUGCCUGCAGCAGUACUGACGUCCUGUCCUGCAUCCUGCACCUGCUGGGCAGGGGAACGGUGAGGCGCCAUGACGACCGGCCCCAGAUGCUGUCCUACGCAGUCCCCGUGACUGUGAUGGAGCCUCACACCGAGUCCCUGAACCCAGGCUCCUCGGGCCCCAACCCUCCCCUCACUUUCCACACCCUGCAGAUUCGCUCUCGGGGCGUACCCUACGCCUCCUGCACUGGCACCCAGAGUUUCUCUACCUUCCGGUAGCCCUGGAAUGGGGUCAGGGCUAGAAAGAGCUAGAGCUUUCUACAGAAAUAAAAUGCAGGAGUUUGACUACA